AUCAAAUCAAAUGUCUGAUUUUGUUGGUUUUAAAACUGCUAGUAACAAAAAUAUCAAAGUAUCUAAAGAAGCUUUAGCUAAAACUAAAAAUUUAUUUCAAGACAUUGAUAAUAUAGAACUUCCUAAGAAGGAAACAAAAGAAACUUGUGAUAAAGAAGAUAUCGUUGCUAAACCUACUCCUAGUAAUGGUUUUACGGGCUUUAAAACGGCAAAUAAUAAACACAUAAAUAUCUCCGAAGCAGCGUUAGCUAAAACUAUGAAAGUAUUUGAAGGCAUUGAUGCAGUAGACCUCAAAAUACCUGAUGAAUUUAAACAAAAUACAAAAAAUAGUAAAGACCCUAAAGAUUUUCCAAGUGGAUCUAGUUUUGUUGGGUUUAAAACAGCAAGCAAUAAGAAUAUUAAAAUAUCUGAUGUAGCUUUGGCUAGAACUGAACACAUUUUCAAAGACAUCGAUUCUGAUAAUUUCAGUUAUCCAAAAAAAUCCACGGAAACUAAAGAAUAUACUAAUUUAAAUACUGAAACUAGUAAAACAAAAGCCUUUGAAGGAUUUAAAACAAGUAACGAUAAAAAAGUCAAUAUAUCAGAAAAAUCUUUGGCUGACACCAAAAAUAUAUUUAAGGACAUUGAAGAUAAUAACUUUAAACAUCCUUUGAAACACGUGAAAAAUGUAAAAAAAUGCAGUUAAAGAAGGCGUUGAAGCUACAGAUUUGAAUAGACCUUCGACUAGUAAAGCUAGGUUUGUUGGUUUUCAAACUGCAAAUAAUAAAAAAGUUAAUGUCUCCAAAGAAGCUUUGGUUAAAACAAGGAACAUAUUCAAAGAUAUUUUAGAAAAUGAUUUAAGCGUACCUCAAAAAAUGGAAAUAAAUGCAACGGAAGUUGAAAUUGAUGACUUUAAUAAACCUUCCACAAGUGCCAAUGCUAAUUUUCUUAUUAUUUGCUGUUUCCAAACAGCAAAUAAUAAGAAAAUUAGCAUUUCAAAAGAAUCUUUAGCAAAAACAAAAGAUCUGUUUAAAGACAUUGAUGAAAUCGGUUUUGGCGAUCCACGUACAGCUUAUGACUAUUUGAAAGAUACAAAAUAUGUGGAUAAAAUAGAGGUGUCGGAUACUAAAGAUGCAUAUGCCCCGUCAACUAGCAAAACAAGUUUCAUAGGCUUCAAAACGGCUAACAACAAACAAAUACAGAUUUCUAAACAAUCCUUAGCAAAAACUAAAAACUUUUUCAAAGAUAUUGAAACUUUUGACUUCGACGCAAACGCAGAAAAAAAUGAGGAAAAACUUUCCUAUCCAAGUUUACAAGAAGAUAUACAACCUAUAGGAAGUACUGGUUUUGGUGGAUUCAAAACAGCUAAUAACAAGACUAUUAAAGUUUCUGAAAAGGCUUUAGCCAAAACUAAGAAUAUAUUUAAAGAUUUAGAGAAUUUGAAUUUGAAGCCAGUAAAAAACCGAAAGAAGAUUAUCCAGAUAUAGAAAUAGGCGACGAAAAUAAAGAAGUGAAUGCUUGUAGUAAAGCCGAAUGCCCCCUAAGCCCAGGAGAUAAAAAUGUUGAUGUAAACCCGAAUAAAGUACCAAAAUUUCAAGGCUUCCAAACAGCUAGUAACAAGAAAGUCGAAAUUUCCGCAGAAGCUUUACAAAAAUCACGAAAAAUAUUUCAAAAUAUUGAAGGCAAUAAAGACGAAGACAUUAAUAACAUAAACAUUACAAAUGAUGAUAAAGAACCUAAAACUGAUCAUAACCUAUGUAUUGAAACAAGUCCUAUUUUCAAAGGCUUUCAGACAGCUAAUAAAAAGCCUGUAGUCAUAUCAGAGGAAGCGUUGGCUAAAAAUCGAAAACUCUUUCAAGAUUUAGAAACUGUACAGGAUGAGCCUGAACCAGAAUUUCACGGAUUUAAAGCAAUUGAUAACGAAGAGAUGGAAUUAUCACAAAAAGCUUUGAUUGAUGCUGUGAAAAUAUUUGAAAAAGAACUCAAAGAUGGAUCUGUAUUCCGAACGGAAGAUGAGAAAGUAGCGCCGAGAAAAGAUAACAUACAUCAAAAUCGAAAACCACUUACAGAAAAUGAAAAUAAUAUGCGAAAUGACGUAAAAAUUGUUUCUAAACUAAAAUUUGGUUCAAAAAACAGCGAUGGUAUUAAAACAGCCUACGAUAUAAGAACUCAAAGGUCAUUUGCUGAUGUGGACACUCCAAAAGACACAACAAAAAAUGUACUAGAAGGAAUAGAAAACAUUAUCAAUACACAAGUUUUAGAUCAUUUCAAUCAAAGCUUACAUACUGAAGAUUUUCGUGAAACACCCGUGAAAACAAAACGGCCUUCGAGUCCGAUUCUAUCAUGCCCGAAGGCGAAAAAGCGGAGAAAAUUCGAGACGCCAUACUCUCAAAAACUACCAGUUGUUCCCAAAAAAGAAACGAUCAAAGCAAAUGAUAGAAAUAAAAUAAAGUUCAAUGAAAAUUAUAAGCUAAAAAAAGAAUAUACAUUAAAAGAUUUAGAAAAAAUUACCCGAACUUUCAAUGCGAAAAUCGAUGCGUAUUUGACAAAGUUUCGAUUUGAUCAAUUGUUAACAUUCGUGUUUAAAAACGAAAGGAACGAUUUAACAGAUAGCGAUUUGACGAUAGAGUCUCUAAAAGAAUAUUUCAGUAAUUCGGUAAAUUGUAAAUUAAUACCGAAUGGUUGGUUAGACAACCAUUUAAAAUUGAUAUUGUGGAAACUAAUAUCUUACGAGGUGAAAUUCAAAAGUUUAUUCUGUACAGCCAAAAAUGUGAUAGAUCAAUUAAAGUUCCGUUAUGACGUAGAACUAUUUAACGCUAAGAGACCGGCGUUGAGAAAGAUUUUUGAAAAGGACGAUGUCCCGUCGAAGACUCUUGUACUUUGUGUCGUUGAAAUAUACCAAGAUGGCGUUAGUGUUACCAGUGCGUCCUCAACGAACAAUAUGGAACUACUGUUAACUGAUGGUUGGUAUUGCAUCAAAGCCAAUAUUGACAAAAUGUUGGCCCAAUAUGUGUGCCAAGGGAAGAUAGUGGUUGGCACCAAGCUUGUCACCAAUGGUGCUGAGUUGGUUAAUUGCGAGCAAGGCGUUUCUCCGUGGGAGGACAUAUCUGCGAUACGCUUGAAACUUUUCGGCAACUCCACACGUCGAGCCCGUUGGGACGCACGUCUCGGUUACCAUGGCAAUGCCGCCAUCUUGUCUCAACUGUCAUCUGUCAAAAUUGAUGGCGGGAAAGUGUCGAAGCUAAGAGUUUUUGUUACUCGAGUUUAUCCUGCUUUGUAUGUGGAGAAAUUCGAAGAUGGAAGCACUGUGACAAGAUCGGAACGUCUAGAACAUCUGCACCAGGUGAAGACUGAAGCUGAAAGACAGGCCGUCAUGGAGAGGAUUUACGAAGAAGUUGAAAGGGAAUUUUCAGAUCAGGAAUCUCAAGACUCCGAAGGUUAUUCAGAGUCAUGUAGUAAAAGGCUUUGUCUGGACAGCGGAUCGCAAAUAGCUAAGGUUAUGAAAAGAAGUAGAGACCCCGAGGAGUUUAGGGCUGGUCUCACAUCAACCCAAGCCAAACUGCUAGAAGGUCAUACAUCCAAACAGAGGGAUCGUCUCCUUCAAGACGUACAGAAGAGAGUAAGAGAAAAGAUGGAGAAAGUAGGAGUUCAAGUUUCACGAAAUGUUGUAAUGCUUCUGAAAAUAAGAGUCGCUGGUAUUUCGGAGAGAAAUGGAGUGGAGAUUAGUAAGGGCCUAAUGUCAAUAUGGAAACCAGCUGAUUCAGUCACGGACAUGAUCAAGGAAGGAGUCUGGAUUGAUGUGUUGAAUGUUGUUCCUACUGCUAUGAGGUACAACGAAAUCCAAAUUUCAGCAGGUAGACAGUCCAUUUUUAGCAUAUCAAAAUUCAAAGAACCUGAAAUUCUGAAAACUUACACGAAAGUACUGAAGAGGAAUAUUUAUGCUAUACAUCAGCUAGUCCAAAAUCCAUCAAUGUCAACCGAUUAUAAUGAAAUCGAUACUGUCGGUUUCAUCUUUCAAAUCGAUCCAUCGAUUCUCGAUUUCGACUUGACUAAACAACCUUUCCAAAAUGUCUACCUUUCAGAUGCCAACAAAAAUAUUAUUUGUAUAAAUUUCUGGGGCGGUCUAAAGAAAUUCGGUUACGAAAACGUUUUAGAUACUGGUCAAAUAAUUUAUUGUGGGAAUUUGCAGAAACGCGCUGGCAACACCAGAAAGAGUAUCCCUCAAUACAGAGUGACGGAGUUUUCGUAUUUUACUAAGACUCCCAAAAAUGAGUCUGCUAGGAAUUUAGUGCAUGAUUUGACUAAGAAAUUUAAUGCCCUGGAUCGUAGAAAAUUUUGUGAGGAUUGUGUUGUGUUGAAAAAUAAUUUCGCUGUUGUUAAGAGUAAUAAUGAAAACAUAUCACCCUAUAGGUUUAAUAAUAGCGACCAUAAUUUCUCUAAAAAUAAAAUAUUCAUCGAUUCUCCUUUAGCUAGACCGGUUAAAGAUGAUAAUUUCAACCUUACUGGGUUAGAUUUUGAGUCCACUUUCCGACAAACUGACACUCAACAUUUAUCAGAGGAAGUUUUACUUCGAAAGAAAAAGGUUAAUGAGAAAAUUGCAAAACUAAAAAUGUACGGAGAACCACCCCCUUUAUCAACAAUCCAUAUUAUUAAUAGAUCGAAAAACGCUUCGAAUUCAUACAAAAGUCCGCUAAAUCCCAACCAAAGUAAUACACCAAAAAUCCCGCCGUCGAAGUCGAAAAGCGAAACUGUCAAAAGUGACAUUUGCGACAAUGUUGCCAAACCUAGUAAAACUCCCGGAAAAAGUGGUAAUUUAAAUGAUUCUGAUUUAGUGUGUAGUCCCGUGCUUAUGAACAGGACUUAUGUUAAGAAUGUAAAUCCUAUUAAGAUUAAUUUCGAUGUUAAAGAUAAUAAUGAUAGUAAUGUUGAUCAUUUUGCUGAGGAGUUUGACGGAAGUCCGCCUUUGAGCCUUGAUUAG